GGCCAAGUAUUUCCAGGGGAAGAAGGUGAAUGGAGAAUUUGAUAUCCGAGUGGAACAGGCUGAGUUCUCCGAGCUGAACCUGGCUGCUUACGUCACGGGCGGCUGCAUGGUGGACAUGCAGGUCAUGAGGAAUGGCACCAAGGUGGUAAGGUCCUUCAAGCCUGACUUUGUCCUGAUCCGGCAGCAUGCCUACAGCAUGGCGCUGGGAGAAGACUUCCGUGGCCUCAUCAUCGGCCUCCAGUACGGUGGCAUCCACACAGUCAACUCCCUCUACUCCAUCUACAACUUCUGCAGCAAGCCCUGGGUGUUCUCUCAGCUCAUUAAAAUCUUCAAUUCGUUGGGUCCUGAGAAGUUCCCCCUCGUGGAGCAAACAUUCUUCCCAAGCCAUAAGCAGAUGAGGCAUUUUCAAGCUGUACCAGUUAGCACUCGUAAAACACACUGUGGUCCUUUGAUGGCUGACCCCCUGGAAGUGUUUAUAACUGGUGUUAUGGUUUCACCUCUUUGCAAUGUGAUAUACUUUAAGCAAUGA